AUGUGGACUUUACCUAAACCGCGAUAUGCGAACUGCAACACGUCUGAAGCGAGCGAGGGCACCGAAAUCGCCGUCAACAUCGGCGGUGUAAGGGUGGUGUUAUGUGGGGAAAUGUUAAAUCGUUAUCCGGAGAGUCGUUUGGCGGAGUUGGUGAACCUCUCCACUCGAAGUUUUGAUGUGAUUUCGGGACUUUGCGAUGACUACGACUCAAGUAAAAAGGAAUUCUACUUUGACAGAGACCCUGAUGCUUUCAAAUGUAUAAUCGAGGUCUACUAUUUUGACGAAAUCCACAUGAAAAGAGGCAUUUGUCCCAUCUGUUUUAUAAAGGAGAUGGAGUUUUGGAAAAUUGACUUGAGUUACUUAGAUGAAUGCUGCAAGUACAGUUUAAACGAGAAAGAGGAAGAGUUAGCUGAAAUCGCCGACAAAGUUAAACUUAUCCUGGAUGAUCUUGAGGGGGACCCAGCACUGAGUCGCUCUCAGCGUUACCAAAAGUUCCUGUGGAAACUGAUGGAAAAGCCCGAGUCCUCAUAUCCCGCGCGCGUAAUCGCCAUUGUAUCUUUUUUAUUUAUUCUUGUGUCCUCUGUGGUAAUGUGUAUAGGGACUAUCCCAGACCUUCAAGUGGAGGACGCCGAGGGAAAUCUCGUUGAACAUCCGACUCUGGAUGCCAUUGAGACGGUCUGCAUUGGCUGGUUCACGGUGGAGUAUGUGCUUCGCUUCGUUUCAUCGCCAAAUAAAGUGCGUUUCGCGCUCGCCUUUAUGAAUGUAGUUGACUUUUUAGCCAUCAUGCCCUUCUAUGUAGUGUUGGUCCUGACAUACCUGGGCACUGCAAUGAUGGAACUGGCCAACGUGCAACAGGCAGUUCAGGCGCUGCGCAUAAUGCGCAUUGCGCGGAUCUUCAAGCUUGCGCGCCAUUCUUCCGGGCUGCAAACGCUCACCUAUGCGCUGAAAAGAAGCUUCAAAGAACUGGGUCUGUUGCUCAUGUACAUGGGGAUUGGAAUCUUUGUGUUUUCCGCUCUGGGAUACACCAUGGAACAGAGUCACCCAGAAACCCUGUUCAAGAGCAUUCCCCAGUCCUUCUGGUGGGCUAUUAUCACCAUGACAACCGUUGGAUAUGGAGACAUCUACCCGAAGACGACACUGGGCAGGUGUAACGCUGCCAUCAGCUUCCUGUGCGGGGUAAUCGCCAUCGCGUUGCCAAUUCACCCCAUCAUCAACAACUUCGUCAUCUUCUACAAUAAGCAGCAGGUGUUAGAGACCGCUGCCAAACACGAACUUGAGCUCAUGGAGCUCCAGUCUCUUGAGGUUGCGGUGCGUAAAUCACCGAGGUCGGAUGGCGCGGCAGAGGAAUGGGAGAGCAGCAUACCCGCUUCACGCAGUGAUACCCUCAUCCCACUGUUGACAGAGACAAACAGGACUCAGAAAGAAACUGCGAGGAAACGUUGUUCAACAGAGUGACCGUCUCAGACUUGAAUAAUUGUGCUAUCUCCUGGAAGCCGUGCGUUUUUGCUGCGCUUAUUUAUGUGGCUUUUGUCCCAAAGAAACAAAUGGACCAUUAUAACUGUAUAUUUUGGUGGAUAUCUGUUAAG